AUGUCCAAAUGUUCAAACGCAGCUGCUGCACCUGGUGGUGCUGGCCCAACAUCCGCCACAUCGGGAUCCAGCGCAGACACCCUCAGUCAAGACCAACUACCUGUCCCCUCCGCCAUGAUCGAGGUACGGCGCCCGUGGGGUCUUCAACCUACUCCCCGACAACCUCUUGUUCCUGGUACUGGUAGUACCCUGGCAGCGGAUCGAAACAGCGGCAGCGCGAUGCUCAAUGCGUGGCUCGUCCAAGACGCGGCCGAGGACCCAUUCCAAACCAUUGCCGCGCUUUCAGUCGGUACGGGGGCGGCUACAAUAAACAAGUCGGCGGCAGUUCUUCAGAGAAUUGACAGUUUAUUCGUAAAUCGGGCGGAGCAGGAAGGAACCGUUGCAGCAUGUGGUAGCUGGACCAAAGAAGAUAGCUAG